AUGGCUGAUGCCCAGAUGCAGGUAGCUCCUACACCAACCAUCCAAAUGAGAGCUGGAGAGGACCUGUCCCUCCCUCCCCCCUCAGCCCCAGAGGGUCUGCCACCACCGCCCCCCAAGGAAUCCUUCUCCAAGUUCCAGCAGCAGCGGCAAGCCAGCGAGCUCCGCCGUCUCUACAAACACAUCCACCCUGAGCUUCGGAAGAACCUCGAGGAGGCUGUGGCUGAGGACCUGGCCGAGGUACUUGGUUCGGAGGAGCCCACUGAGAGCGAUGUUCAAUGUAUGCGCUGGAUCUUUGAGAAUUGGCGGCUGGAUGCCAUUGGUGAUCACGAGAGGCCAGCUGCCAAGGAACCUGUGUCAGGUGGCAACGUUCAAGCCACCUCUCGAAAGUUUGAGGAAGGCUCCUUUACCAACAGCUCAGAUCAGGAGCCAGUGGGACCCAGGCCGUCAGGGGGUGAUGUCCGAGCUGCCAGACAGCUUUUUGAGACCAAGCCGCUGGAUGCCCUGACAGGCCAGGAGGAGGCGACACAGACAAUCACGAAGGAACCUGCAGCUACUGGAGAUGUACAGGGAACUAGAAAGCUUUUUGAGACUAGGCCCCUGGACCGGCUGGGUUCCCGUCCCUCCAUCCAGGAGCAGAGCCCUUUAGAGCUGCGCUCAGAGAUUCAGGAGCUGAAGGGUGACGUGAAGAAGACGGUGAAGUUGUUUCAGACGGAACCUCUAUGCGCCAUCCAGGAUGCAGAGGGCGCCAUCCACGAAGUCAAGGCUGCCUGUCGGGAGGAGAUUCAGAGCAAUGCAGUGAGGUCAGCUCGCUGGCUCUUUGAGACCCGACCUCUGGAUGCCUUCAACCAGGACCCCAGCCAGGUGCGGGUGAUUCGGGGGAUCUCCCUUGAGGAGGGAGCCUUGCCCGAUGUCAGUGCAACUCGUUGGAUCUUUGAGACGCAGCCUCUGGAUGCCAUUCGUGAGAUCAUGGUGGACGAGAAGGACUUCCAGCCAUCUCCGGAUCUCAUCCCUCCUGGUCCAGAUGUUCAGCAUCAGCGACAUCUGUUUGAGACCUGUGCCCUGGACACUCUGAAGGGCGAAAGAGAAACCGAGGCAGAGGCUCCACCUAAGGAGGAGGUGAUUCCUGGUGAUGUCCGAUCUACACUCUGGCUAUUUGAAACAAAACCCCUGGAUGCUCUCAGAGACCAGGUCCAAGUAGGUCACCUGCAACGUGUGGAUCACCAGAAGGGUGAGGGGCUUGUGACUGAGUGUCUGUCCAGUAAUGGCACUUCGGUGUUGCCUCUGUCUCAGGGUGUCUCCCAGAAUGAUGGGUUGAAAGGGGAUGUGAAAACCUUCAAGAAUCUUUUUGAGACCCUUCCCUUAGACAGCAUUGGGCAGGAUGAGCCUUCAGCCUAUGGGAACAUAAACAGAGGACAAAAGACUGAUUCUGCUGAGCUAUCCCAGGGCUCGGACGUCCCUGUAUAUGCUAUGCAGGACAGCAGGGGACAGCUUCACGCCCUGACUUCUGUCAGCAGAGAGCAGGUAGUUGGAGGUGAUGUACAGGGUUACAAGUGGAUGUUUGAGACACAGCCCCUGGACCAGCUAGGCAGAAGCCCCAGUACCAUCGAUGUAGUACGGGGCAUCACUAGGCAGGAAGUAGUGGCUGGGGAUGUUGGCACCACUCGGUGGCUCUUUGAGACACAGCCACUGGAGAUGAUCCACCAACAAGAGCAAAAGAAACGAGAGGAGGAGGAGGGGAGGGGUCCAGGAGGCCCCCAUCCUGAGCUCCCCCAGAAGGGAGAUGUACAGACCAUCCGCUGGCUGUUUGAGACCUACCCUAUGAGCGAGUUGGCAGAGAAGCGAGAAUCCGAGGUCUCAGACCCCAUGACCGAAGCUGAGACACGGUCAUGUACCUGGAUGUUUAGACCCCAAUCUCUGAACCAGGCAGAAGGCUCUGGGGAACAGCACCUGCAAACCAGCCAGGUCCGGGUUGGAGACAGACAGACAGAUAGGCAUGUCUUUGAGACUGAAUCCCUGCCAGCCUCAAGCCAGUCCAGUGGGAGAAAGCCUGUAAGGUACUGCAGCCGGGUGGAGAUUCCUUCUGGGCAGGUAUCUCGGCAGAAAGAACUUUUCCAGGCCCUGGAGGCGGGCAAGAAGGAGGUACAGGAGACCACAAUAAGCCCAGGAUCCAUCCCCACAGGCUCUGUGCAUAAAUUCACCUGGCUCUUUGAAAACUGCCCCAUGGGCUCCCUGGCAGCUGAGAGCAUCAGAGGGGAUAACCUCCACGAAGAACAGCCGAAAGGCUCUGCAAACCAUGGGACACCAGAGAGGCAGGAGACAGAAGCCGAGAGAACCCUUAGGAUUUUGCAUGCCACUCCUGGCAUCCUGCACCAUGGAGGAAUCCUCAUGGAAGCCCGAGGGCCAGGGGAGCUCUGCCUUGCCAAGUAUGUGCUCCCAAACCCAGGACAGGGACGCCCCUAUGUACGGAAAGAGGAGCUGGUGUGUGGUGAGCUCCCCAGGAUCGUCCGUCAAGUGCUAUGCCGGACAGAUGUGGACCAGCAGGGACUGUUGGUUCAGGAGGACACAGCUGGCCAGCUCCAGCUCCACCCUCUCAAGCUGCCAGGGCCUGGUGACCCAGUGAAUAUUGAAGACAUGGACCCUGAGCUCCAGCAGCUGCUGGCCUGUGGCCUGGGAGUCUCUGUGGCAAAGACGGGGCUGGUGAUGCAAGAGACAGGACAGGGCCUAGUGUCACUGACUGCCUACUCCCUCCAGCCCCAGCUAACUAGCAGGGCCCCUGAAAGAAGCAGUGUGCAGCUGCUGGCCAGCUGCAUAGACAAAGGAGACCUGCACAGCCUUCACAGUUUGCGGUGGGAGCCUCCAACAGACCCAAGUUCUGUACCAGCUACUGAGGAGUCCCAGAGGCUUCCCCCAACUGACAGCAUCAUACAUGUUACCCCAUUAGACUCCACCAUGGAGAUGGGGCAUCUGAGAGUCUCAGGAUCCACACCCUGCCCAGCCCCACCUCGGGCAACUGGAAAAGUGGUCCUUCCAAAUGGGAGACCUGUAGCCCAGGCUCCAUUGCAGGAAGCAAGAAAGCAAAUGGAUGUCAGCCAUGCUGGGCAGAAAGGGAAGGCAGCCUCGGGAAGACCAGAAGGAACCAUCGCUUCCCCUCUAGGGUCUGGAGCUCCAGAUCUCCAGGUAGCCAUGCAAAAUCUGCGUUUGGCAACCGCUGAAGCCCAAAGCCUGCACCAGCAGGUUCUCAGCAGGCAUCCACAGGGCUCUGACCCUGCAGCCACCUGUAUGCCUGUCCAAGAUGUUCUGCACACGCCGACUCCUGCCACUGGGCCUACCCAAGGCAGCAUCAGACCUGUGGCUAGAAGUGAAGCCAGGAUCCCAGCAGUCCCCAGAAAGGUCAGUGGGGACGACAAAGCAGUCCCCAGAGGGCUGCCUAGGGGGCGGGUGACCAUCCAGGAUGGUAUCUAUGCUGCUCACCCUGUGAGAACCUCUGACCCACCUGGGGCUAUCCAGCCUUGUGAAAAAGAGCCCCAGCAGAGGGACCGCCCACUCCAGGCAGACCAAGGUCAGAGUCCCUGGCCAGGGUAUCAUGAGCCUGAGGGUCAUACACAAAGGGCCUGGGGACCUCUGGGGAAAGUGAUGCCCCAAAUCUGGCCUGAGUGCUUCCAGGCAGCAGACACCUCCCUGAAGACUGUCCCUCUAACUCACCACACUCUGACAUCUAAACCCCAGGCUGCAGGUGCCAGCCUGCACUCCCAUAAUGCCUCUGUUCCUCCCCCUCCUACUCUCCCAGCUGCUGUGACAGAAGAACCUGACCACCCAGCUCAAGAUCACCACUGGGAGGACUCCAUCCAGCAGGCCUCCAAGCCCCUGCAGGAACCCCUUCUUCAUACUCACGACAGACCUGCUGGCCAGAAAACCCCUGAAGGGUCAGAGACAAAACUCUCCAGAGCGGAAUCCACUGUGCCUCCAAGAAAGAAACCCCCAGUGCCUCCCAAACCUGCAUAUCUAAGCCAAGUCCACCCACCUCAGAGGCUGCCCAAGCCCUUAGCAGGCUCUGCCAGAAGCUCUGAAGCAGGACAAGACCAUAAGCCAGGUGAGCCAGGUGUAGCCAACCCUGGGUCAGCCAAAGCUCCCACAAUAGCAGGCCAGGAUUUCCUGCCUCUGGCUGAAUGCUGUAAGGGGCAGAAACAACCUGUGCAUCAGCAUCUACUCAGCACUAUGGCUUCUGGGCCUAGCAGGGGUCAGAUAACCAGCAGCAACAGCCAGAACCCUGAAUCUCCUAAGUUAAAUGUUCUCAACAAUGACUCCAGCCCACCACAAAAGCACCCUCGCUCCCCCAAAAAGCAGCCUAUGGACUGUUCCAAGCAGGGGACCCCUGAGAGCCCAGAGAUUGUACAGGGCAGCCAUCAAGAGCUCCAGGGCCUCCUGAGCCAAAUGCAAACCCUGGAGAAGGAAGAAACCCACAGUGUGGAUGUGCAGGCCCUGCGAAAGCUCUUUGAGGGUGUACCCCAGCUGGGAGGGGGUAGCCCUCAGGUUCCCACUGCCCCCCACAAGACUCAGGCCUCAAUGGAGCAGGCCUUUGGGGAACUGACACGGGUGAGUACAGAGGUUGCCCAGCUGAAAGAACAGACCCUAGCCAGGCUGCUGGACAUCGAAAAAGCAGUACACAAGGCUCUUAGCUCCAUGUCUAGCCUCCAGACUGAGGCUCACACAAGCAGCCAUCCACAGGGAACUACAAAGGAUCCCAGUGUGAACAAGGUCUCCACCAGUAGCAGAGCCAGGCCGACAGGCUCCAGCCAGGUCAAAGAUCCACCUGUAGUCAAAAAACAAGAAAAGAUUGAGAGCCAUCCUGAAGAACAAGGUCAAGGCAAGAUCAGAAAUCAUACAGAGGCCAGAGGUCAGUCAGCAGUGAACCUCCUGCCCUCCAGGAAGUUGGAGACACCAAGAGCUGAGCCUGGCCGCCAACAAGUCUCUCCUUCCUGCACAGGAUCCUCCUCUCCAACUUUCAUCUCUAUCCAAUCAGCUACAAAGAAGCUUCUGGAAGCUUCCAGCCCUCAGGGAAAUCAUUAUAUCUCAGGGGAAAAUGCACACCUAGCUCAGGACAUAGGUCAAGCCCGGCUCUAUGAGAGAGACAUCCAGGAUCAGACUGGGACAAAGGAGACGGUCAUCAAGGGCUCUGUUCCCACGGGGCAGCAAAAGAAUGUUCUGGAAUUCCAGAGUGGGUCAGCUACCUCCAAGUCCUAUGGCGCCACGAGAACAGUGACUGAGCAGUAUGAAGAGAUGGACCAAUUUGGGAAUACAGUCCUCACUUCCUCCACCACGAUCACCCAGCAGGCAGAGCCGCUGACGGCCUCCAGCCCCCAGCUCCGGCUCCACACUUCUCCCAUGCUAAGGCAGUUUCUCCACAACCCCUCUAGGUUCAAUAGUGACCUGGCAGAAGAUGAGAUAUCACAGGCUCCCUGUAGCCACUUCCAUCCGGCUGCCCAGUGAGCCCCUCUGGCCCCCACCAGUCUUGGGUACCUCUCCCAGAGCUCUAGGACUGAAUAAUGGCUCUAUCUCCAGUACAUGUGGAACAAGGACCAAGAAAAAUGGGGCCUUCAGAGAGCUGACAAGGGCUGUUUGCCUUGUUAGUUCCAGUUCUUGAAAAGGGACAAGAAAAGUAAAGCAGCCAUCCACAGGAAAGCCGGAUGUGUGGGUCAGGACCUGACAGGCUUGUGGAGAACUAGCCCGCACUGGCCCAGCUCACACUCGCACAUGUGAGUCUGCACCUCACUGCCUAGAGCUGAAGGGACACCCCUCCACCAUGUCUUUCCAUGGCCAGCCUUUUUCUUUGAUUAUGAAAUCUGGCUGUCUUAAUCCCUGGUGAGGACCUGGGGCUAAGCAGACUGACAUUGGUCUCUGUUUGAGAUUUGACUGAAGGCUCCAGAAAAACCUGGGUGCCUGUCUCUUCAUCACCAGUGGUCCAAAGGGCACAGAGAGCGUGCUAGCAGUCAAUAGUGUUCCUAGAAGCUGAAUACACCACCCUUCCUGACCCCAUCAUCCCCACUCUGCACCUCCAAUGAGAAACAUGACCCAAAAAUAAACC